UAUCAUCUCACUGACUCUCUCACAGGCAGGCAGGCACAACACACACAAGACAGUAUCAUAUCGAGUGAACUAUUAGAAGACCUCAGAUCACCGUCAAUACCAAGAGUCUCUCCCGCUAUCAAAAAAAAGUCUCUUCUAGUCUCUCUCUUCUCUCUUUUCUCUCACUCUGUUUGCCUUUUUCAUAACAAUUUCCCUCCCUUGUAUCUCACUUUGUCUCUCCUCUCUUCAAGUUAUAUAACCAAACGGUAGCCUCGAUAUCAGUUAGUGUAUAAAACAGUGAACAUAAAACAGUGCGUAACAAGCUCAACAAGAUUCACUUUUUGGUUAAAGUUGAAAAUUUAUAUUUACUUGGUUUUGGUUCUUGGUGUGAUUGUGUGUUAUUGAAAUAUUAUAACAAAAGUAUAACAAAAUUGUAUCAUCAUUUUAUCGUCACCCAUUAUCAUCAAGCAUCAUCAUCAUCAUCAUCAUCACCAUAAAAGAGUCACCAUAAAAUAUAAAUAUAUGAUAUUAUUACAUGUUGUAAUACUACUUAAUUUAUAAAUCAUAUGUAUUAUUUGAGGUAACAGUUAUGAGCUCUUAUCAAUUUGUUAAUCCAUUAACCUCAUGCUAUAAUCAAACCCGUGACUAUUAUACACCGCAAGCUUACAACAACUGUUAUGGUACAGCAACGGGUCCAUCACCAGGUGGAGCAACUGGACCUUAUUCAUCUUAUUUGACUCACAAUGGAGGUGGUGAUCAUCAUUCUCAGCAUCCUCACUCUCAUACUCACCAUAGUGAUAGAGAAACGUACGCACAAGCUACAAACGCUGCUGGUGCUGUUUCGGCAGCUACCGGUGUUGUCGGUUUGAGUGGUGUCACUGGACCUGGAAAUGUUCCAGGCUCAGUAAACCUUGGUCUUCACUCGGCCAACAGUUCAUCAAAUAGGACCCCAACACCAUCCAGUUGUAAGUAUGCUUCAAAUCCCCUGGAAUCGGCUUCUUCACCUCAAGAUCUCAGUGCAACCUCAUCAACUGGUGCUAGUCAUUCCAAUGACACUAAACCAACAUUAACUGGUAGUGGUCUGGUUAACCCUUCAACAGGACGUUCAACCAAUAAUUCAACCAGUGCAGGUGCUGGUGCUGGUUGUGCAACGAUUGGUGCAAGUGUAGCCGAUGAUACCGGUGGCGGUGGCAACUCAUCAAAUGGUUCCUCUAAUCACAAUUCAAAUGCAAAUAGUGGUAACAAUUCUGGUUCUAAUACUGGUACAAGUCAAUCAAACAGCAAAAACCAACCUCAAAUUUAUCCAUGGAUGAGGAAAGUACAUGUCGGUCAAAGAGUCAAUGCAAUGGGUGAAACUAAAAGACAGCGGACAUCGUACACUCGAUAUCAAACCCUGGAACUGGAAAAAGAGUUUCAUUAUAAUCGUUAUUUAACCCGUCGUCGGCGUAUUGAAAUUGCUCAUUCACUUUGCCUGAGUGAAAGACAGAUCAAGAUUUGGUUUCAAAAUCGACGAAUGAAGUGGAAGAAAGAGCAUAAAAGUUCCAGCAUGGUUCCUCCUCAUAUGCCUCAAUUAACGUUAGGACCCGAGUCGCAUCAUCAUCUACACCAUCUUCACCAUCAUGGAGAAACAAAAGCAUAAUAUUGAUAUUAUUAUUAUUAUUAUAAUUAUUAUUGAAUAUAUGAAAGCAAAGGAGAAACAAAAUAAAGGAAGAAAACAGUGAAAUGCGAAAAGUGCAUCAACGAAACGUUGACCUGUAAGCAUCAGCAAAAAGCAACAAAAAACGCAAAGGAGGAAGAAGAAGAAGAAAACGCGAAAAAAAGCAAAAAAACAAAAAAAAUUUCUAUCCAAAUUAUAAUAUAAAAAGAUGAUAUAAAAGCAAAGCGUAAAAGUAACAUCAAAAUGCAACAUAAAAUGAGCAUCAAUGCGAGUACAACCAAGCUAAAGUGCAAAUGAGAAGGAGGAGAAAGAAGGAGGAAGAUGAUGAAGAUGGCAAAGGCAAAAAGGAAAAAGCAAAGGAACAAACAAAAAGGACGAGAAAAAAAAGAUGAAUGAGAAAAGAGGAAGAAAAUUAUUGAUUCUGUAAUUAUAAUAAAUAUUCUGUAAAAUGAUGUAUAAAAAAGUGGAAACCUCAUGAGAAGGAUGAGUGAGUCUGAAAAAAAAGAAGGUGAAAUAUUCCAAGUUAAUGAAAAACUAAAAACUUUCAAACUCUUUCUCUCUUCUCUUCUCACACAUUCUGCUCACUCAGUUUCACUGGAAAUGCAAAUCAUGUUUUCCUUUUUUUUGCACACUUUUCAAGGUAAAUUGUGAGGUGAACACACGAAAGUUGCUUCACCAAAUUUAAUGUUGAAAAAGUGGGCAAAAAAAAGUCAUUGAUUUUGAACCAAUUGGGUGAAGAGAGGAAACAUCCAAUGACGAGAGAAGUUCGAACUUGGAAUUAUUCAUUUUACUCUUUUUUUUGUCACUCACCUAACUCUUCACUUCUCUCUCCUCACUCGACUCACUGUUUCUUCCUUUUCCUCAUUUCAUCUCAUUUCGUUUCUCAAUGUUGCGAUUGUUGUAAUAAUUGGCUGAAAAUAUACAAACUCAGCUUAAUCCAAAUCACGCUAUUCUCACUCGAAAUCUCCUUCUUACUCUUUUUCUCUCUCUCUCUCUCUCUUCACUCUCUUUCCUUUUCUGUCUUUCUCUCUGUCUUGUAUCUGUCUCUAUCUUUCUGUGGCUCUAGUUGCUUAUAAUAUUAUCAUUAUCAUCAUUAUGAACGAGCAUAUUAUCAUUAUCAAAGCAAAAACGGAAAAAAAUGAAACUCAGUCAAACUUCCAUAUACCAUGUAAUUUACAUAGACAACUCUUUUUUUCUCUCUUGUUCAUCUCUUUUCAAGUCACUCAUCUUUACCUCUUUCCCUAUCUUUUUGUGUCAUCAUCCUUACAAAAUCAUCAUCCAUUGACCUGAAAGUUCCAAACAAAUUCACCAUAAAAAAACAUCUUAAUGAAAAUAAAAUGCAAAAAUUUGACAAAAAUA